AACGCUGCACAAGGCACACAUUUCCAAAGCCCAAAGCUUCUUUCUUCCGCCGCAAAAAGCCAGCCACCGCCACCUGGACGCCGCCCCACCUCGAUAUAACCGCCCCAUCUCGAAUCGAUUCGCCUCACGCACGCACACCAACUCCAAACCCAACUCCACUAUCCCCAUCGCCGCUGCUCCGCCUCGCGCGCGACGAGCCAUGGCUGCCAGGAAGUUCUUCGUCGGCGGCAACUGGAAAUGCAACGGCACCGGCGAGGACGUGAAGAAGAUCGUGACCGUGCUCAACGAGGCUGAGGUGCCCUCCGAGGACGUCGUCGAGGUGGUGGUGAGCCCGCCGUUCGUCUUCCUGCCCCAGGUCAAGGGGCUGCUGCGCCUGGACUUUGCCGUCGCCGCGCAGAACUGCUGGGUGCGCAAGGGCGGUGCCUUCACCGGCGAGAUCAGUGCUGAGAUGCUGGUGAACCUGCAGGUGCCGUGGGUCAUCUUGGGGCACUCGGAGCGCAGAGCUCUGAUGGGCGAAUCCAGUGAUUUCGUUGCCGAAAAAGUUGCAUAUGCACUCUCCCAAGGUCUCAAGGUAAUUGCUUGCAUAGGCGAGACCCUUGAGCAGAGGGAAGCAGGAACAACAAUGGAUGUUGUUGCUGCGCAAACAAAGGCUAUUUCUGAGAAGGUAUCAGAUUGGACAAACAUUGUAUUGGCCUAUGAGCCAGUUUGGGCUAUUGGGACCGGCAAGGUUGCAACCCCUGCCCAGGCUCAGGAGGUUCACGAUGGUCUGAGAAAGUGGCUCCACUCUAAUGUUAGUCCUGCAGUUGCUGAAUCGACCAGGAUAAUUUAUGGAGGGUCUGUGAAUGGAGCUAACUGCAAAGAGCUUGCGGCUCAACCAGAUGUUGAUGGAUUCCUUGUUGGUGGAGCGUCACUGAAGCCCGAGUUUGUGGACAUCAUCAAGGCUGCGACUGUCAAGUCUUCAUCUGCUUACAUGCCUUCGCCAGCGCCGGAAGUUAAAGAACAAAGAAGAGGACGCCCCGGCCGCAACUCCCCUAGACGAAGAAGAGACCCUUGGGCUGACGUCGAGCGGAGAAGGCGAGAGAAGAUGGGGAAGGGCGUCCUGGAGGUGCACCUCGUCGACGCCAGGGGCCUCUCCGGCAGCGAUUUCCUAGGGAAGAUCGACCCCUACGUGAUCGUGCAGUACCGGAGUCAGGAGCGCAAGAGCAGCGUCGCCCGAGACCAGGGGAGGAACCCGUGCUGGAACGAGGUGUUCAAGUUCCAGAUCAACUCUUCGGCGUCCAGCGCGCAGCACAAGCUCAUCCUCCGGAUCAUGGACCACGACCACUUCUCCAGCGACGACUUCCUCGGCGAGGCUACGAUCGACGUGACGGACAUCAUCAGCUUGGGCGCGGAGCGCGGCUCGUACCACCUCAACGCGGGGAAGCACAACGUGGUCCUCGCCGACAGCACGUACCACGGCGAGAUCAAGGUCGGCAUCACCUUCACCGCCGCCCAGGUUGAGGAAGAUGAUGAGGAUUUUGGAGGCUGGAGGCGCAGAAGCUCCAAUGCGUAGGUGCGGUGAAAUCUGAAGAAGUUCUUUGGUUGGUUUGUAGUGUAGUAAUUCAGGUCGGGUGUAGUUUUUGUCGUUUGUACUGGCAGAAGUUUGUGCCCAAGAUUGUUGAUUGGCUGGUUAGACUAUGUGUAAUCAAGUAUGCUUAAAGCCGUUGUUGAUUGACAAAUUCUUUCUUUU